UAUUUUUCCAGAGAUCGAGUGUUUUGUAUUUCUCUAUCGUUUCACAUUUGAUUAAAGCUAAAGCUUUCUUCAUCUUCAAUUGUUGCUACUUCCGAUUCACCCUUCCUCUGCUUUUCUCUCACUCUCUCUCUCUCUCUCUCGGUUUUCUUCUCCCUUUGCGUACAUUUCUUCAAUUUCAGAUUCUUCCAAAGUUUCGUUAUCUCUCGAUUGAUUUCGCUAAUUUCACUCUUUGUUAUAGGAUCUUCCCCAAUCUAGGUGGUAGAAUGAUGAAAUGAGAACCGAUUUAUAGAGUUGAAAGAGCACCAGAAUCUUUAUUAUAUCUGCAAUGUCGACGACGUCUUUGCAAACGAUUGGUGCUAUUAAGUCUUAUCAUCAUCAAGCUCAGCAUUUGGUUAAGAACUAUCUCUUAGCUGAUCCUUUUAUUCCUUACACUUCUGUCCUCACCGGCAUUUUCCUUUGCAAAGUGGUUUAUGAUCUUUGUCACUUUAUCAGCAACUCACAUUCUAAGACUUAUAUCAUCCUCACUAAAAUUCAAAGAAUCGAAUGGAAUAACCGUGGUAUCUCAACAGUUCAUGCUAUUUUUAUCUCGGCUUUGUCCCUGUACUUUGUAUUCUGGUCCGAUCUCUUUUCCGAUAGGUGGCAUAAUGAUCUUGUUGUUUUCCGGAGCUCACGGCUUUCUUCUCUUGGUUUAGGGAUAUCUAUUGGUUACUUCCUUGCCGAUCUUGGGAUGAUCUUCUGGAAAUAUCCUUCUUUGGGUGGAAUUGAGUAUAUUGUGCAUCACUCGCUAUCGGGAGUGGCAGUCGCCUACUCUUUGUUUUCUGGGGAAGGACAGUUAUAUACCUACAUGGUCCUCAUCUCCGAGAUUACAACCCCAGAGAUCAACUUGAGAUGGUACCUGGACACGGCUGGUAUGAAGAAGUCAUUGGCAUAUGUUGUUAAUGGCGUUUUCAUCUUCUUGGCUUGGCUGGUUGCUAGAAUCCUACUGUUCAUAUACAUGUUUUAUCAUGUUUAUCUCCACUACAACCAGGUCAUGAGGAUGCACAUCUUCGGUUACGUUCUAGUAUUCGGCGUACCAGCUGCUCUUGGUGUCAUGAACUUGAUAUGGUUUGGCAAGAUUGUGAGAGGGGUAAAGAAAACAUUAGCAAAGAGAUGUGAAUGUUGAGAUUGGUGAGUCUUCCUCACUUGUGUUUCAUCAGUUUUCAUCUUCUUCUUCUUCAUCCCUCUGACAUAUGUCUGUCUCUCUAGUGUAAGUAGUUUUUGUCUGAUGGAGAAAGAAAAACAAAAAAAAGCAAAAAUGAUUAAUGAUACGAUCCUCUGACUCUGUAAAUGAUCAAAAAUUCAAGUCUCUUUACGUUUUCUCAUUAUACAAUGUAAUUCUGUUUGCAUUCUUAUAGCUUUGGCUCUAGGGUAUUAA